GCACUAGAUGUCACUAGGUGCGCUUAUGCAAUAGAGAAAACAUGAAGCAGAAAAUCACAUCAUUUGAUUGGUCAGACGGGAUCACGUGACGUCGUGUUUCGCAUUUCCUCUCGUGAUGUGUGUAAACAUUGCACAUGCACGUUGAUGUGAUUGAAUGUGGCGAAAUAAUCUGGCAGCGUGUAGCGACAAUGGUGAAGUGUGUGGUCCAAGGAUGCAUAAACCACAGGGAUCUCAGACCGGGAGAGCAAUCGAGCCGACCGCCCAAGAGGUUUUUCAGUUUCCCCAAGGACAAGGCCCGAGUGAAAGUGUGGCUGGCCGCUUUACGGGAGACUGAGCGCGAAAUCACAGAUCAACAUCAGAUAUGCGAGGAUCAUUUCCUGAGCCAUCACAUUACGCCGAACGGCAUCAGCGCGGACGCCAUCCCUGUUAUGCCCCCAUUAGAGGGACCGGUCUCCGGCUGGAGCUCGUGUGAUGAGCUGGAAGAGCACUCGGAUCCAGUGGAAGAGGGUGGGGUUGCUGCAGAAGAUGAACUUUAUGAUGUGGAGUUUGAGGAUUUUGAGGAAGAUGAUGAUGAAGACCACAGUCUUGCAGAUGAUGGUUCACAUAACAUGAAUAGUCAAGUACAAGGACAGUGUCUCACUGGAAGUUUAAUCAGCUAUCCCAACAUUAACAAUAUGAAUCAAGCAACAGGGGCAUCCACCAGUCAAGUUUUCAUUCCAGUUCCGAAUCGCUCUGACGUUGCUCUUGGACGACUGACCAAACGCUUCAUGCAGCUGCUUCACUCGGCACCGAAUGGAGUCCUUGACCUCAAUGAGGUUACUCGAAAACUGGGCACACGAAAGAGGCGGGUGUAUGACAUCACUAAUGUGCUAGCAGGCAUCCAGCUAAUCAAAAAGACGUCCAAAAACAAGAUCCAGUGGAUGAAUCCAUCACCAAACAGCAGCUUGGGGAAUCAGUGGCACGCCAAGACGAAAGCUGACCUACUUCAUCUGAAGUCAACGGAGGAGGCCCUUGACUGGCUCAUCAAAGACUGCGCCCAACAGCUCUUUGCUCUGACCGACCUCAAAGACAAUGCUGACUCAGCUUAUGUGACAUAUGAGGACAUCUGUCAGAUUGGUGUUUUCAAGGACCAGACUAUAAUAGCCAUCAGGGCCCCUGAAGAGUCCAAGCUAGAGGUGCCCACUCCCACUGAGGAAUCUAUCCAGAUCCACUUGAAAGGCUGCCGGGGGCCCAUCCACAUACUCACCUGUGAGACUGAGGGCCCAAGUGAAGCUGUGGAUCCAGCUAACACAGAAUCGAAGCUUGUCAAACCAGCCUGCUUUCUAACACUAGAGGAGAGCCGGAUACACACACAACCAUUAAUAUCAGAUGUUUCAAAUACUGUAGCAGCUGUACAGAGCGCUUAAGGACCUAAAAGAAGAGCCUUUGCUUCUUUGAGACAAACUAGCCCAUCUUAACAGACUUUGUUGGCCUUUUUGGAGAGACCACUGUGCAUAUAUUCACUCUGCCGAGUUAAAGACAUCAUGUGGAGAUUUUUGAUUUGUAAAUAUACGGAUGAGUAUUUUGAACAGUUUAAAGUAUUUUUUCUAUAACCAUUAUGAGGAAACUUGAAGGUUGUCUUUUGAAAAGGGUGAUUUUUUUUUUUCUUGGACCAUCUGACUAUGCUGUAAAUUAAUAAAAUCGGUGGUGGUCGAAGAUAGACCUUGGACCCUGUUUCAAUAUGGCAAGAUGUCCUUGUUUAUUGAGGAGUGCUUUGUAAAUGUAUGCUAAAGUUUGAGGUCUGAGAUUUUUUUUUUUUUUUUUGAAGGAAUUUAAUACUUUUAUUCAGC